AGCAGACGAGGAAGAAGCAGCGUUGGCUGUCAACACACCGGGAGUUUACCGGGACCGUCAGUGAACCAUGCGUCUGCUCUGUAAGACACCGGGGAUUUACUCACGCGUGUGUCAGCUCGCGAGCGCACAGCUCAACAUGCUGACACAGCAGAGGAAGAAGCAUCUGGCGAACCAGUUUUGGAGAUUAUCUCACCUCCCGGGGCUUCGUCCGGUCAUUACCCACACGCUGCAUCCCCCCUGCCGGCCUUCACACAGCUGGUUCGGGAGCAGAAUUAAUGGCAGCAGGUGGAGCAAAACCAUCUACCUGAGUCAGAAAAAAGUCACCCUCGCGCAUGUAAGUGAACUGUCUGCAGCAGCGUAUGAGAAGCUGGCCGAUGAGACGUUGGAGGCUCUGGCUGAUUACUUUGAAGACCUCACAGAUGAAGCUUUCACUGGGGCCGACUAUGAUGUUGUCUUCUCUAGCGGCGUUCUGACAGUGAAGGUGGGUGGAGACCACGGCACUUAUGUGAUCAACAAACAGACACCAAACAAACAGAUCUGGCUUUCUUCUCCUACCAGCGGACCCAAGCGCUACGGCUGGACAGGUGAACGCUGGGUCUAUACUCAUGAUGGCAUCAGCCUUCACCAGCUGCUUUCUCAGGAGUUUUCCAUCAUCUUUAACAAGAACAUUGACCUGUGCAACUUGCCCUGUUCCUAAAAGCCUGUUAAAUGCUGGGAGCAUUCACAGACUCAGUGACUCACAUCUGAAUUUCUGUGCAGCAUACACACUAUCUGUCAAAGUAACUAAUGAAGUUAUGUCUGAAAUGCUGUUUCUGUUGCACUCUUCACUUUCUCAGCUGAAUGACAUCAUCACAUUGAGCUUUUCCACCAGUCGUGAAGAAAUAUUGGAGUUAUUUGGUUCAUUUUAAAGACAAGCAUGGUGGAGCUUGUUGGGAACAGGUCAGUCUUAAUAGAUAUCUAAUGGGAACAUUGUGAUUGGGAUGGUGAUCAAUCAGGUGUAUAGAGAGGCUGCAAGAAGUGUUGUUUAUUUCACUCAUCACAAAGUGGCAGAGGCAGAAUUCUUUAUUCAUAUUUAUGUUUUGAAUAGUAGAAUAUUUGAGCUUUAUUGUUUUUGUACAAGCAAAGUAUAGUGUACAUUCUUUAGGCGAUGCAGAGUCCCCUCAAACCAAAAACAGACAGUCGUACAUCCUGCUGCUGCUUGUACAUUCACAUACAGCCACAGGCGUCACAUUUGUGGGUUACGUUAUACAGACAUCUUUGCACAUUGCUGACUGUUUGAUAUAAAAGCCAAAAUGAAACAGAAA